GGCCCGGGCGCGGCGCCGUGAGCGGGCCCCGCGCGCCGCCGAGCGGAGCCAGCCAUGGCCUCGCUGGACCUGCCCUACCGCUGCCCGCGCUGCGGCGAGCACAAGCGCUUCCGCAGCCUGUCCUCGCUGCGGGCGCACCUGGAGUACAACCACACCUACGAGACCCUCUACGUGCUCUCCAAGACCAACAGCAUCUGCGAUGCCGCCGUCUUCCCGCUGGCCGCCGACGGGGCCCUGCUGAGCCCGGCCGCCCGCAGGGACUACUUUGAGAGCACCUCCUUCCAGGGCAAGGACCAGCGCUUCUCCUGCGACCUGGUCCCCGCCGACGAGCUGGAGCCGGCGCCGGCCUCGUCGCCCUCGCCGCGCUACGUGCACGAGAUCGAGAUCCCGCUGACCGAGAUCUUCACCCGCGGCAAGGCCGUGGCGCCCGCGCCCGUCCCGCCGGCCGCCGUCGACUCGGCCUACGAGGAGGGCCUGGCCCGCCUCAAGAUCCGCGCCUUCGAGAAGCUGGAGGUGGACAAGCGGCUGGAGAAGCUGACGGAGGAGGUGGAGCAGAAGAUCGCCUCGCAGGUGGGCCGGCUCCAGGUGGAGCUGGACCGCAAGAGCUCGGAGCUGGAGAAGGCCAAGCAGGAGAGCCUGCGGCUGAGCCGGGAGAAGCAGGAGCUGGAGGACCGGGCGUCGGAGCUGUCCCGCCAGGUGGACGUCAGCGUGGAGAUGCUGGCGUCCCUCAAGCAGGACCUGGUGCAGAAGGAGCAGGAGCUCACCCGGAAGCAGCAGGAGGUGCUGCAGAUCGACCAGUUCCUGAAGGAGACGGCGGCGCGGGAGGCCAACGCCAAGGUGCGGCUGCAGCGCUUCAUCGAGGAGCUGCUGGACCGCGCCGACCGCGCCGAGAAGCAGCUGCAGAUCAUCAGCAGCAGCUGCGGCACCACCCCCGACGGCAGCCUGGCACGCUGCGGCACCCCGGCCACCAAGGCCAUCGCCAGAGCGGGACCUCUGCGGGCACAGAGAGAGCGGCACCCGGGGCCGGGGCCGGCCGUGCACGGUCCCUACGGCGCGUGCAACCAGCGCUCCUCGUCCAGCACCGGGGCCUCGAGCCGGGCCAAGGCCGUGUCGCAGAGCUCGGGCUGCUACGACAGCGACAGCGCGGAGCCGUGUCCCACGGACGACGCGGCCGAGGCGCCGCCGCGCGCGGCGCGGGACGCGCGGGGCUCGGGGCUGCGCCGCCAGGCCAUCCAGAACUGGCACCGCCGGCCCUACCGCAACAGCACCGAGGGCGAGGAGGGCGACGUGUCCGACGUGGGCUCCCGCACCACCGAGUCGGAGGCCGAGGGCUGGGAGCCGGAGGGGCCGGGCUGCGCCGCGCCCCGAGCCCCCGGCAGCUGCCGCCUGACCGUGGCCACCGACGCCGGGUGUCCCGCGGCCAGGCCCGAGGGCGCCGGGGGCAAGGCGUGCCGGCUGGAGCGGGGCAGCCCGGGCCACUGCGGCGAGGUCAUCAGCCCCGAGAUCCUCAAGAUGCGGGCGGCUCUCUUCUGCAUCUUCACCUACCUGGACACCAGGACGCUGCUGCGCGCGGCCGAGGUGUGCAAGGACUGGAAGUUCGUGGCCCGGCACCCGGCCGUGUGGACGCGGGUGCUGCUGGAGAACGCCCGGGUCUCCUCCAAGUUCCUGGCCAUGCUGUCCCAGUGGUGCACCCAGAUGCAUUCCCUCACCCUCCAAAACCUGAAGCCGCGCCAGCGGGGCAAGAAGGAGAGCAAGGAGGAUUACAUGAAGAGCACACGGGGCUGCCUGGAAGCGGGGCUGGAGUCCCUGCUGAAGGCGACGGGCAGCAACCUGCUGAUCCUGCGCAUCUCGCACUGCCCCAACGUGCUGACCGACCGCUCGCUCUGGCUGGCCAGCUGCUACUGCCGGGCCCUGCAGGCUGUCACCUACCGGAGCUCCACAGACCCUGUGGGCCAUGAGGUGAUCUGGGCGCUCGGAGCAGGCUGCAGGGACAUCAUCUCCCUGCAGGUCGCACCUCUGCAUCCCUGCCAGCAGCCGACGCGCUUCAGCAACCGCUGCCUGCAGAUGAUCGGGCGCUGCUGGCCCCACCUGCGGGCGCUCGGCGUCGGGGGCGCCGGCUGCGGCGUGCAGGGCCUGGCCUCGCUAGCCCGGAACUGCAUGAGGCUGCAGGUGCUGGAGCUGGACCACAUGGCCGAGGUCAACCAGGAGGUGGCUGCUGAGGUGUGCCGGGAGGGGCUCAAGGGGCUGGAGAUGCUGGUGCUGACGUCCACCCCGGUGACCCCCAAAGCCCUGCUGCACUUCAACAGUGUGUGCCGGAACCUGAAGUCCAUCGUGGUGCAGGUGGGCAUUGUGGACUACUUCAAGGAGCCCCACAGCCCCGAGGCCAGGAAGAUGUUUGAAGAAAUGGUGAACAAACUGCAGGCCCUGAGGAAAAGACCCGGCUUCUCCAAGAUCCUGCACAUCAAGGUGGAAGGAGGCUGCUAGCCCCCCAGGGACCCCGCAGCACAUCCUGCUCUGCCGGCGCAGCCGCGGGCCCAGCCCGGGGCGGGGACCCCCGGCUGGAGCCCCGGACCCUCGCGGACCCUCGGGGCGAGAAGGUGCUACUCACGGACAAUUUGGGGCUGCCCCGAGAGCCAGGAGCUCUUUCCCAGGAGGGAAGACGGCUUUGAAGGCCAAGGAUGCGUUUGGGGUCCCACUGAACUCUCUGUGGGGUCUCUGAGCGCUGGAGGAUGGCUCAGCCCAUCUCGGGGCUCUUGGCUGGGCUCACCCCGCAGCCCCGGCCUGCCUGGGGCGUGGGGAGGGGCUGCUCCUCCCCCACCAUUCCCACGGGGUUUCUGCUCCUUUGUAUUUGGGAUGUGGCAGAGGGGCACCCAAACCCGGGCAAUGUCCCAGAAACCAGCAGCACCACAGCACAAGGAGCAGAGCUGCACUCGGGGCUCUGGGAGCCAGAGGACACAGGAGAGGUGGGCGCUCUCCCAGAGGUCUCCAGCCUCACUCCCUCUCCACCAAAACCCUCCUGCCAAGGCAAUAAACCACCUGCAAAAUCCUCACCCACCAGGAAAUGGGUCACCAUCCUGUCCCCACCAUCCACAGCCGGACUCCGUCCGGGGUCAGAUGUCCCGUGUGGAGAGAGAGACUGUCAUGGGACACCCAUGUUUGCCUUCCCGAGCAGCCUGAAGGAGAAACCCUGGCCAGAUUGUCCUGAAAUUAUCCUGGAAAAAGCACCAACGAACAGCCCCAGCUGACCCUUAUCUACAGCCACCAUUUUCUAAAUCUGAUUUUUCUUCUGAGUGUCCUCAGCCUGCAAGGACAUCAUCAUCCCCAAAAUAUCCUUUUGCAAUGGGAAAAGGCUUUGGAAAGGCAUCCAUCAGGGGCAAGCAUCUCCAUCCUGCAGCCUGGGGAGAAGGUAGCAGGGACUGGGGACACCCAUCAGAGCACUGCCAGCAGUGGGGACAGCCCAGCCUCACCCACAGCCCCAGCCCCAUGUCCUCGGAGCCCUUGGACGGGGCUGAGCGGAGAGGAAGCGGCUGGGAAAGUGGAUUUGGGGUUUUCCCUUUUCUCUGGCCCAGCACUGGAGGUUUUGGUGCCCCUGGCUGGCGUGGCUGUGAGGGGACACCUCGCAGAGCCCGUCCCCCCAGCCCUGCGGGAGCGAUGGGCUCACGUGGAGCACCCCGGGCGGGACCGGGCUGCAGAUCCAGCACCACGUCCCAGAUGCAGCACCACGUCCCUCACCCACGGCACAGGAGCUGCUGCCCCGCUGGGGCUGCACACAGCCCGUGGGGGACCCCCGGAACAAGGAAAAUCACCCCAAACGGCCGAGGCUGGCACGGCUCUGGAGGCAGCUCCCGCACCUCCAGCCCCACUGGAGACCCUUCACAACCCUUCAUCCCACCUGCGCUGCCUGUGAAACAGGGGCAGGGUUUUGUGGCCACAGCCCCCGUGGGAAGCAGCCCUGCUCCCCCUGCUCCCCCUGCUCCCCCUCCCAUGCAGCUUUCCAGGAGAAGGCUGGCCCUGAAUGCACAAAAUGAAAAUGAAAAUGCCUGCCAGAAACUCCUGCACCCCCACGGAUGCUCCCUGCCAUGCCCACCGUGGGUUUACCUCCGCCCCGAGCAGCCUGGCACACUCCCAGUCCAGGGGCAAGAGCAGCAAGGGAUGCCCCCACCAGCAAACCGCCGCCCAGCAGAGCUGCCGGGUGCCCGGGCACCGUCCGGCCCCGCGCAGGAGCGUGGCCCGGCGGAGAUGGCACCACCCCGGUGCCACCUGCGGAAUUCCCUUUACAACAAAAACCAAACAAAGUACCUAUUUAUUUCUAUAAACAGAAGAAGGAAAAAGAAAAAAAAGAUUUUAAAGGAAAAUUAUAUACUCAGCAUGUUUCUACACUCUAUGCUUUAAGACUCUGGUGGCCCAGAGCGGUGGCCCGGGCUGGAGGUGGCUGCUCCGGGUGCGCCGUGCCCGGAGCUCUCCGGCUCCUCGCCUGGGGAGGGUGAGGAUGAGGUGAUGGAAAGGGGGGAGCUGUGAGGCCUCUGAGGGGUCAGCGCUGCGUGCGUGGUGGCGUUGGUGACUCUGUGACAUCCCCACCCCUGCGCUGCCCCCGGGCCUUUGGAAGUCACGGCAGGACCCUCACCUGGACUCGAGCUUUGGUGCAUCCCCAGGACCAGAUCAAACUGUCACCUCUCCUUGGGGCAUUCCCGAAAAUCCCAGCUCAGCAAAGCCACUUUUUACAAAAAUCCUCGGAUGACACAAGACCUUGAGCAGGUUCAAGGAUCAGAAGAUGGAAAGUGGGGGUUUCUCCCUGUUUGGCUUGGGCUUGAAUGGAUCCUUUCCUCAUCCUCCUCCUCCUCAGCUGGGGAUGAAGGCAGCUGGCACAGCGACAGGAGUGCUGGGAAGGAGGGCCCUCCUGGUGGCUCCUAAUUGCCCAGCUUGUUAACGAGCUCAUUAAGAGCUCUGAAAUGUCAGAGGGAUCCUGCCCCUGCUGCUUUCUCUGCCCUGUCCCGCAGGAGUGUGGCCCCACAAGGAUCCAUCCCCGCGGGAGCUCCGGCCAGGCUGUCCCUGGCUCACGGAGCCUCAGCCCCAUUUCCUCCGGAGUGAUGGGAACGCCCAGAAAUGCCGAAUUUCCUGGGAAAGCCUUCAAACCACACAGCACGUUCAGCUCAGCUCGAGAAGUGCCAGAGGGGCUCUGCGAUGACAAUCCCAGAAAAAUCCACGGAUCCGGGAGAGGACUGGGGUCACAGCGAUGGCCAGAGCUGGCAGGGCGGGAUGGACGGUGCUUCCGAGCCUGGCUCCUGCAGGGCUGCUUCUGGGGAUUUAUUCCUUUUCUGAGGCGUUUUCCCAAAGUUUCCCAUGGCCGACACUGCCAGCAUUCCCCUUCACCCGAGUUUGGGCGCUGGUCAGGGAUUCCGAGAGGAACAUCACCAAAGGCAGCUCGGGGGCCAAAGCCAUCCCAAAUCCUGCUUGUGUCUCCCUCGUGUUGGAUUUCCCUCGUUCCCAUCACUCCAAGCCCCAGGAGCUCUGGGGAUCAGGGGCCUCCUCCUGCCUUGUCCCUCUGCCUUGGGGCUCCAGGUGUCAGGGACUGAGGGAAAGAAAAGGGAGCUCCAGGCUGGCUCUGCCCCGCGAGGAUUUUAAACCUCUGUCCCUCCUCUUGCCGUGUGUCCUGGUCCCUGCUGCCACCAAGGGCACAGCCAUGGCAGGGGCUUGUCUCAAAAAGAGCUGAUUUAGGGAAAACAGAACAAAAACCAACCCAGAAGUGUUGGUAAUGGCUCCUAAACUGGUUAACAGAUGUUUUCCUUCAGCUUUUAGGGGAGGCCCCAGCCCAGGAGCUGGAGCACUGCUUCAGCCUCAUUUUGGGGUGAGAAACAGCAGGUUUGGGUGCAGCAAAAGCAUUUGGGAAUUGGUGCCAAAUGAGAAAGUGCUUGAAAAGGUAAAGAUCCCAGGGAGCAGGGAGAUUUUGGGAAGCAGAGGUGGUUUGUUGCGACUGAAGCAUUGCAGGGUGUUGUAGGUGCUGAUGGACCUUCCCCAUCAGUGGGAGGCAAAAUAAUCCCUGGGGAGGGUGGGAGAGCACUGAGGAAAAGCUGCUGCAGCAGCAAGGAGGGAAAACUGCCCAAAAGCAAGGGAAAAAAGGGAUUUUCUAAUGCAGCCUCGGGAUUGAGCCCCGUGGAGGGCAACGAGGCAGGUUGGGGCCGGGGACAAGUGGGUGCAAUGGCGCAUGGCAGUUUUUGGGAUGCAAAGAGGUAAUGCACAGUUGCUUCGAGAUAAUCAGAGGAGAUAAUCAGUGCAGAGAAGAGAUAUAUAAAUCAGGAACUGGAAUCAUUCCCGACAGCCCUGGCUGGCAGCGGUGUACAGCGACCUCCCCUCCCCCAAGGUUCCCGUGGCCUCCCAAGUUAUUUUUUUAACUCUCUAUAAAUCUAGGUCUAUUUUAGUCUUUUGCAGCGAUGUGCCAGUGUCUGGAGAACCAAACGUCCCUUUCUGCCCCCAGCCCGUGGUCCCUGGAUGCUAAACCGGGCCUUGGUGCGAGAGCUGCCGGAGCAGCUCCCGGGGGAGCGCCGCGAUGGGCAGGGCAGCAGCCGGGCUCGGGGCAGCCGCCCCAGCUCCGGCCGGCAGCCACGGGUUCAGCACUUUGGUUGGAACUCUCACCUGUAGACGCACUUUGAUGUUGUUGCUUUGAAACUUUGGCAAGUGUAAACCAUGUGUAUUUAAAGAAUUACAGAGAAACGACCCCCAGCGAAGCGUGUAAAGAGCUAUUUUAUGAUUCAGUGUUGAAUAAAGACUCUGGAGAUCGA